AUGCUUCAGGUCUACCUUUUCGAUAUCUUACACGAAAUAGACGUAUUUUCUUCGUGGCCAGGCUACGGACAGUUAUUUAUCAGAAUCUUAUUGGCUCUAUGGUUCCUUGCAGAAAUCCGAAAGCUCAUAUUUAGGGAGCAAAGUGAAGAGCGAGCGGCGUUCAUAGCUCAUAUUGGAGCUGGGUUUUUGGUCUGGUUCGUUUAUCUCCCAGGGCUCGGAGUUAUUGCUUUAUUCAUAUCGCAACUAUGGCGAUUCAAAAUAAUUCUAGGUGCGUUUGCUCUAAGUCCAUUCACUUUGAUCAGGAAGAAUAAGAUUAAAAAAGGAACGGGUUGCCUGUCCGUUUUCUACCUAAGUAAUCCAAACUUUGCACACAUAAACGCGAAAUUACUCCCGUAG